AUGGCGGACGGAAGUGCGGAAUCAAUUCAGCAGCGGAUACAGAUUGCCCGUAGGGACGCGGAGGCUCUCAAAGAUAGAAUAAAGCGCAAAAAGGAUGAGCUCGCCGAUACCACAUUGCGCGAUGUCGCGCGCCAGCGUACAGAGCAGCUUCCUCGGCUGGCGAUGAAGACCAAGAGACAGCUCAAGGGCCAUCUCGCGAAAAUUUACGCCAUGCACUGGUCGACGGAUCGAAGACAUCUGGUAUCGGCAUCACAGGAUGGCAAACUCAUAAUUUGGGACGCGUACACGACAAACAAAGUCCAUGCUAUCCCGCUGAGAUCAUCAUGGGUCAUGACUUGUGCAUAUUCGCCGAGUGGCAAUUACGUCGCGUGUGGUGGCCUCGACAACAUUUGCUCGAUCUACAAUCUUGCGGCGAGGGAAGGUCCGACCCGGGUUGGACGCGAAUUGAGCGGACAUCACGGCUACCUGAGUUGUUGUCGAUUCAUCAACGAUCGACGCAUCCUCACCUCAUCUGGAGACAUGACCUGCGUUCUGUGGGACUUGGAGACCGGCCAGAAGAUCACAGAAUUCGCAGAUCACCUCGGCGAUGUCAUGAGCCUGAGCAUCAACCCCCUCGACAACAACCAAUUCGUCUCCGGCGCCUGCGAUGCCUUUGCUAAGCUGUGGGACAUCCGUCAACAAAAGUGCGUUCAAACCUUCGCUGCUCACGACUCAGACAUCAACGCCAUUCAAUUCUUCCCGAACGGCCACGCAUUCGGCACAGGAUCAGACGAUGCAUCAUGCCGCCUUUUCGACAUCCGCGCAGACCGUGAACUGCAAAGCUAUACCAUUGGCGAACCGGCUUGCGGUAUCACCUCCGUCGCUUUCUCGGUCUCCGGAAGAUUGCUGUUUGCUGGCUAUGACGAUUUCGAGUGCAAGGUUUGGGAUGUGCUUCGAGGCGAGCGAGUGGGCACGCUGCAAGGACACGAGAACAGAGUCAGCUGUCUCGGCGUUAGCAACGAUGCCAUGUCGCUAUGCACAGGAUCCUGGGACGCUGUGCUUCGCAUCUGGGCAUAA